AAAAAUAUAUAACUCCAGGCAGUCCCUAAAUGAGCGCGUGUUAUUACUUUAUUGUAUACAGUCUAUGGUUAGUACCUAUAGAAAAUAUCUAACUUUACACUUUUGCAGGUGUACACGUCAAUUAUUAUAAUGUUAUGAAUGUCGUUGUAAAACAGCUGUCGGACUAAAACGUCACGACAGCUAGUUCAGCUUCAACCGUCCAUGUUGUCGUCGUGGUAACUAAUAUCUUAACGUCUUAUCAUGUGGGUUUUCGGUUACGGGUCUCUUAUAUGGAAAGUAGAUUUCCCUUAUGAAGAAAAAAGAAUUGGGUACAUAAAAGGCUUCAGCCGUCGUUUUUGGCAGGGCAGUACCGACCACCGGGGAGUACCCGGUAAGCCUGGCCGGGUGGUGACACUGGUGGAGAAUCCUGAGGGGUGCGUUUGGGGCGUUGCCUACAAGCUACCGACGGGCCGGGAGCAGGAAGUGAAGAGCUACCUCGACUACCGAGAAAAAGGUGGUUAUCAGGUCAUCACUGUGACCUUUCACCCCCGUCCACCGCUCUCUCCCUCGCCCAGCCAGACGCUGCUCUACAUCGGCUCUCAGGACAAUCCAGACUACCUCGGCCCCGCCCCUCUAGAGGAGAUAGCCAACCAGAUCGUCAGCUCUACCGGUCCAAGUGGGCAGAACACAGAGUACCUCUUUCAGCUGGCUGAUGCUAUGAGGACAAUUCUGCCGGAGGACUCAGACACACACCUGUUUUCGUUAGAGACUUUAGUUAGAGAACGAUUACACAAUGGGCAGAAACACUCACACACUCAAACUGGUUGAUUGUGGUCAGAUAACGAAUAAGACACGAUCACUCAUACACACCAGGCUGGAUUUGUCAAAGAAUCUCAGGGUUUUAAGUCAUAUACAUAAGGACAUAAGGGACAAUAAGGAUAUUUGUUGGGGACAGAAAAUAUGUUGACUAUAUGUCUGUUUUUAGUCUCACACUAGAAGUAAAUAUCUCCAUUUUGUCUCAUGCUGAAAAACAAUACAUUGCAGAUUAAAUGUAUUAAAAGCUGCUUCAAAAAAAAAAGAAAAGUGAAAUACAUAAAGGUACUGCAAUUCAAACUAUUGGAGUGUUUUUACAACAUAUGCUUAGAAUAAACCUGUCAAUUUAAUCGUUGUACAAUUAACAGUGCAAAUGAAGAAUGUUUUAUUUAUAAGUUUUCCAUGUCAAGAAAACAGAAAUCGACAUAACAUGAGUGUAACAAACCCCCCCCAUUCAAAAUGACAAAUGUGUUGAAUUAAUAAAUAUAUUCUGAGUGAAUACAUCUACAUUCACAUAUACAUUUGGUCUGUUUUUAUGAAUUUUAAAACAUGUGAUGUAUGCGUGUACUGAAAUAUAGGGCAGAGGCAGUAGUCAUUUCGUUACGAACCCAGAGCAGUAUUAUUUCAGUGCAUGACUUCUCAGUAUAUAGUUUUUUGGUUCACUUAAAGUGCCUGACAUGUGAGAAGAGCAGUGUACAGUGUAUUCCAGAUUGUACUCAACAGCUACACUACUUCUCAUUCUGCCAGCAUACGUCUCAGCACAGUGAACAUAUCAAAGUCAACAGCACUGCAUCAGAAAAAAAUCGACAUGCAGAAUAAAAAUGGUGACAGCU